UGUUUGGAAACAAUCAGUUUAUGUCUAUCGAGAAUUUUGAUUAAUUGCCUAUGUAAUCAAUAGUACCUGUUUACCUGAACAGGUGAGAAAGUGGUUUAAUAAAAAUUGUAUUGAUCACAAGAGAUCUACAUGGACGUAUAUUGUUGUUGUAACAUUCAGAAAUGUGUGCUUUAUAUACCAAAUGUGCUAUGUUUUGAGAUCUAACCAAUGUGCUUUUGUAAUCCUACGUGGACCAGUGUUACAAAGAGCUGGCGUAACUCUACAUACUUGGAAUACUGACUGACUGUUAACAGCACGAGCCUCACCACGUGGCUGUUGGUGUGUAGAACACCACAGUUGUAAGAUAGCUACCUGCAACCCAUUGUUUUGUUACCUGUAACCUAUUGUUUUCCUGUCUGUAACCAUUGUUUCGGAGCUUUACUUUAGAUGUGCUGCAGAUGAAAAUGAGAUGUAGUCGAGCUUUGCUGUCAUCAUGGUUGACGUGACGUCAUGAUCUCGCCUGUCUUGUUGCUAUGGGCGCUACUUUCCGUUCUCGUUUCCGCUCUCAGCACCUACUCUUUCGUCCAGCCUGCGUGGUUCGUCACUUCCGGUCAGUCCAACAGCUUUGGCAUGAUAAGCUUGUGUAUGACCCGGAUUGAAGUCUCGCACACGCCUGACUACGAGAUUUGUGAGUUCUAUGGUGGAUAUUUUAACCUCGGAAACUUGCCGUCGGGAGCGUGGCAGGCGGCAUGUGUGUUGUAUGGAGCGGGAUGUAUACUCUUGUGUUGUGGCGCUUUCCUAGCCGUGACAACUUCCUGUAUUCCGAGUGACGUAGUGAAGACGGUGACCGUCAUGGCCGGCUACGUACAAUUUAUUGGAGUUUUGGUGAUGAUGUCUGGUCUACUGAUCUACCCGUUGGGAUUGGGUUCAAAGUUCAUGAAGUUCCACUGCGGAGCCGGUACCCGGAUGUACCAUUCAGGCGAUUGUCAUAUAGGUUGGAGUUUCAUGCUGGCGAUUGUGGGGACGAGUUUGGCCAUCUUCUGUCCAGUACUUUCUCAUUUUACAGAUAUGAAAGCACGUGACCUCAUAUGAAAAGACUUUAAAAUGUCAUUUAUUGAAGUGUUAUUUAAAGUCAUUCGAAUGGAGUUAAUCGUAAUUUGCGGAAGUGACGUCACAUGAUCUCCCAUUUGAUGAACAUCAGCCAGCAUGGCAAUUAUAUUGAAGAAUAUAUUUCACUUCCAAAUAAUGCUGAUCAGAGGGAAAAGAAAACUUCAUCAACCAUUUUGACGUGAACGUAGCCAGAAUUUGUUUUUUUUUUUUUUUUUUCAUCGUUCGGGAUCAUAUCAUCUUAUAUCUAACUGGCCGCCGUGAUUAAAAUUGAAUCAGAUAUAUUUGUCUUGACAAGUUGUGUUCACUAAGUGAACGGAACGUUGCAUAUGCAUGUUCUGUACGCAUGACGUCACGUGUGAAUUAGUCACGUGCAGUAUAGAAGCGAGAUUUGUGGAUUGAUAGAGUAUUGUAGACAUGUAUAUGGCGAUAUUUACUUUGAUAUGCAAAAUUGUUUCUGGCAAUAAUGUGCAUUCCGCUCGCGUAAUGAAUUAUUUAUAAACAUUCCAUACUAAACACGAGUAAAUUGUUUCGCCAUCGUUACCAACAAUGAUGCAAGGGGCCCGCGAAGGGGUCAACACGUGAUUGGUUGGGUUUUUAUUUUUCACUACCAGGAACCUGCAGUAAAGAUACCACAAGGUUCUUUCUCGUUACUACAGCUUGCACUGCAGAAACCAAUUAUUUUGGAUCCAGUGCAACGAAGACAGUUGGAGGUACGCAUUUGGCAUAACGAUCCUGUGUCAUAAGUCAACGGAUGGGAAUCACGUGGACACCUGUUAAUCUGGACCUCUGUCUUCCGGACAAAAAGACAAUCCGAAUAUUACCGCUUAUUAAGAACCAUUGUCGAAGUGUUUCCAACGUGAAUUUAUUUGAAAUCAUAAAUGUUCAGACUUUUAAGAUUAAACAGAUCAGCUACCAUGUAUUGUUUACCAUUGUAUCAUGUAUGCACUGAAUUGUUGUUAAUGAUAUCAUGACGCGAUAUUGGUUUGAAAUUCAUGUCAGCGUCAUAAGAACAAAAAUAUGUUAAUAUUACGUCACUGUAUUCAAAGUCAAUCGGACGCUUUAGAUUGGUAUCCUGUUCCAAGCUUCGCUGUUAUUCUAAUAAUAUAUUUUAAAGACAGGGUUCUUUCAUUUUAGAUUUUUGUUCUUUCUAAAUUAUUUUAGAGUGUAAAUCAUUGUGAUGUGGUCCAGCAAUACCUGUAGACUGGUUAGAAAUCUGUUCUCGGCACAGCAAUGCCCCCGGCGUAGGAUCAGAGUUGUACUGAAGAUAGUUUAGGAGACAUCUUGAAAUCAUUACUACACAAUCAUGUGAACUUUUGAGAACUUUUUCAUAUGAAACAAAUACCUAAUGUAAAGUGUUCAUGUCAUAGUAUUCUACAUCCUUGAGUGAUGUGGAAAUGGUUUCAUUGUGUCGCGUGUUCACGCCAACAUUUGCAUUAUGGUACAGCAUUAUGAAUAUGCAAUGUCACUGAUUUCAUUAUCAUAUGGAUAUUCAUUCAUCAAUUUCACUUUCAAUCGUGUACAUUAUGUCAGGAAAGACUCUAUAGUGGGUCGAAUUAAGUUUAAACUACGUUGUCUUAUGUAGUUUCCAUACCCGCCGCCAGGGAUCGCGAGAUCGUGAAGCGCUACAUAGCAGAACGAACAAGUACCACUACAGAUAACUCCGACCAGAAUGAAAUAAUACUUAAUAAGUUUAAAAGGAAAAGUCUUCACCAACCAAGACAUUUGACAUCAGAAAACUCAUUCUGUUAUCGCCAUGAACAAAGAUGGUGGGUCACAUUUUAUUAUGUCCAUUCUCGAAUUUUGUAAUUUUGAGGAACUACUCGUGUUACUUACCUUGUAUGUAAAGAGAUAUAGAUAAUAUGUUAGUCAGAUUCACAAGUACUCUUAUAACCGUACAGUAUUCCUAGGAUAACGAACCUAACAAAAUCUAGCCCUUUAGUCACGUGGAAAGACGUGAAAGCUGCACGUUACUGUUAGAACAAAUGUAAUCAACACAUAAGUAAAUGAUUGUAAACAUUUAUUCUCUUUAUUUACGGCACAGAAUGACUGUUGGAUACGAAUUUCAUUCCCUGUUUGCAAUAUUUAAGACUUUCUACAUAAAAGUCACUCUGGCACACCAAAACGUAUGUUUAAAUCAUAAACACGUGCUGUUUUACAGCGUCGUCAAAUGCUUUCGUGAACAAUUUAAUUUGAGAAAAAUUCAUUAUGCAAGCUUCAUUGAAAACGUCAGUAGUUUUUACCGAGUUGUUUCUUCGACAGUGAUGUACAGCUGAAGUAAUUUGGGAGAAGCUGCCUUUAUUGACACGAGUUGUUUUUGACGGCCGUUUGUCCAUGAAUGCAAAACCAAUAAAAAUGAAAAGUGAAUGAAAGCCGUUUUCCGACAAAUCAAUUACAAUAAUUCCUUCGCACUUUCGCGGCCUAAAUCAAAUUUGUUUUGUCAUCUUUUUUUCUCUCUUCAAAAUGUGAUAAAAAUAAAACUAUUAGUGCGACAGGAAAGCUUUGACACUAUACGACAUGGAAGGAAGGGUGAUGAACUUAUAUAGUGAGAUAUUGUGUUAUCAGUUUUCAGGCAUAAGCGGCUCUUCGUACCUACAAGAUCUUACAAAUACCGAAAAGUGUGUUUUUGCCACUUGAAAGUGUAGGAAUAUCACUCACACAGAAAAAAAAGAAACAAUUGUGUAUUGGCAUACGUUUUGUGUUACUUUCUCUGACAAAUUAAGAUUAAAUAUUUAUUUUAAAAACAGCUUUGUGUAUAACGAAAUGAUACUUAUAACAAAGUGAUACUUCAUUACAUUCUUAUAUACGAGUGUUACUUAUCUAUUUUGUCACGUGAUUUAAUCUCCCGACAGGUGAUUGGCGAUAUCAAGUCCGUCAUAUUUCCCGAUGUCGGUCGAAGUCACAUUAUAUCAUAUUGCCAGCGUGGUUCAGUCCACUCUUAUACAUUAGAAUAAAGCGCGGCGAGUUCCAGAGAAAACGCUCUUGAUCAGGCCAGUGUUGUCACAGGGCUCGACCGAGGAAUCAAACCUUAGCCAUCUUGGUAAAAGGUGCUAUCCACUAAGCCAUUUGAAUGGAAAGGGUAAGCGAGAUCAUAAGUCUGCACGUUUGUGCGUUAUGUCAAUGACAUAAAUCCCAUUAAAUAUCGAAUAGCCACGUGGCAAAACAAAUUGACAAAUGGUGGUUAAAUUUAAAAAUAAUGAACAUUAGGCAAUGGAAUUUUAAUUAUAGACCAAAUAAUCCAACUAACACUAGUCAGGAUCAGUCAUUCCAUUGCGCAGUAUCACACAAGCACGUGUAUAUCAGUGUUUUUGCGAUAUAUUGGGUAUUUCGAAAGUUGAUUAAUGGGGGACAACUCUUUCCAACUUCUAAGAUACUCGUUUCGUUUCAAAGCAAAUAAAACAUAACUUUAUCCAGUUAUUUAUCGAUUUGAAGAGUUUGGAAAUAUAUCUAUACAAAUAUAUCAACCAGGCAAAAGUUGAUCGAUAUAUACAGCGGAACCUCUUGAUAUCUGGACUUGUCAUUUUCCCGAAAUGUGAAGACAAUCCGGCAAGAAGUAUAAGAAGAGAAAAGCAGAGUAGUACAACGCCCCUCCCCGCUUCUCCAACAACCCCUAUGAGAUUUCAAAUGGUAAAAGCAUAACCGCUUACCUUAAUUUUCCAUCCAGUUGUUUGGAGGAUUUUCAAUCAAUGGACACUAAAAUGAAAGACUGAGCGAAUUGAAAAAGCGUGACAGGCGUGUCGUACGUGCCUCUAGCGUGACUUGUUGCGGUCAGUAUUGUCAACUUGUCAAACGGUUUCCUCAUUGUCAAAUUCCCAAGAAAGGAAGUUAUUUCCUAGUUUCUUUUUAUUAUAAUAGGAAAGAGUGUGCUAAUAAAAGAUUCCAAGCUUCUGCUGAUAAUUUCGUAUUUUACUGUCAGCCAAAAUAAAUAGAUAAAUGAAAAAUAAAAUAAAUUGAAACAAUCACGAUAAAAUAGAAAACAAUACACUUGAUAAGUUCUCAACGCUGACACUAUGCUGAGAAUUAAAAUUAUGAAUUUCUUUGGUGCAAGAGUGGAAACUGAAAUCCCUAAAGUUCUCGCCUGGGUGCGAGAUUUCGAAUUGUGCGAAUCCUGGUUAAGGGAUUUUCCGCUUUGUAUAGUUUAUAAGUUAAGUUAAAAUUUUAUCGACGUUAAUAUUGGAUUAUAUGUUUAUAUAUAUAUAUCUAUAAAUAUAAUAGAAUCUAAUAUAUUAGAAAUG